CCUAUUCAGUGCAAAUUUCACAAUAUUUUAUUGUCAUAGAUGAUUAAAGGUAUAUAAAUAAGGAAACAUGAAAUUUCCAAUCAGACAUUUAUUCUACCAAGUUUUUAGUAUUCAUAUUUUGAAACAAAUCAUUUUUCGUGUAACGGGUAAGAAUAUAAUUUUGACAAAGAGCUAUUGUGUUGUCCAAUAUGAACAGGAGAGUGAAAGAAUCGGUGUCAAGGAGAAGACUGCUGCCCGCGGAGAACGACCAAUGCCUCACCGGAAACCCGAUAGACGACUGUUGGCGGUGCGAUCCUGGCUGGGUAAACAACCGCCAGCACCUGGCGGACUGCGGCAUCGGGUUCGGUCACGGAGCAAUGGGCGGAAAAGGCGGGCCCAUCUACACAAUCUCCGACCCGUCGGACCUAGACGUCGUGAACCCGCAACCGGGGACUCUCCGGUACGCGGUGAUCCAAACGGAGCCGUUGUGGAUCGUCUUCGGAGCGGACAUGACGAUCACGUUGAAACACGAGCUGAUCUUCAACAGCUACAAGACUGUUGACGGCCGCGGCGCCAACGUGCUCAUCACCGGAAACGGGUGCUUGACCCUAGUGAACAUCACCAAUGUGAUUAUUCACAACAUCCAAAUCACCAACUGCAAGCCCUCGGGGAACACUAUGAUACGCACAGGCCCAACACACACUGAGUAUAGAGGCCAAUCGGACGGCGACGGGAUAACCGUACGAAGCUCGAGGAACAUCUGGAUCGACCACUGCACCUUGUCGAGUUGUACGGACGGUUUGAUUGACGUCACUAGGGCGUCCACCGCGGUCACAAUCUCCAAUAGCCACUUUUCCCACCACGACAAGGUUAUGCUCCUUGGCCACGUAGAUACGUUCCUGGCCGACGUGGGAAUGCAGGUUAGCCUUUUUUGCUUCGUUUGACAACUUUGCUCCUUGGCUUCGUAACGUUUCACUUUGUUUAAUGAAUGUUGGCAAUGAAGGUGACGGUGGCGUUCAAUCACUUUGGGGUAGGGUGUGUGCAAAGAAUGCCGAGGUGCAGGAGAGGAUAUGUGCACGUGGUGAACAAUGACUACACGGAAUGGCAAAUGUAUGCCAUCGGAGGCAGUGCCAGCCCUACCAUCAACAGUCAGGGCAAUCGUUAUAUCGCACCAGAUGACAAUGAAUCCAAACAGGUACUACUGUCCUAAACAAAUUUGAUCAUUUUAUAAAUCAAUUCCACUAUUGUUGAGAUUUAUGGACGUGGUGAUCGAUGAAGGUGACAAAGCGGGUGCACACGCCGGAUUUAGAGUGGAUCAGGUGGGACUGGAGAACGGAAGGGGACAUGUUGGUAAACGGGG